GGCUCAGCAAGGGACACCGCGGUUUUGACUGCACUCCCGAAGUGAAGAAAAGCAUUUCGCCGUUCAGCCUGGUGUGAUGUGGUGCUGCUGCGCAACCGAGGAACAGGACAAGCAGUUUGACGUGGGUGAUGAUGGCUCGCGCCGCCCUCCGAUGGUCGAAGUUCAGAAGACUUUUGCAGAUGACGAUGAGGCUGAGGGCGCGGCCGUGUUCACGGCCUCGCUGAGCCGAAACCACGGGCUGUUGGGCCUCUCAGUGGACCGCUCCGACACGAACUGCGUGGUCAUCCGCGAUGUCACGGGUGGUGCUGCUGGAGCAUGGAACCAGCUGAUGCCCCACAAGGAGAUCCGCACGUACGAUCAAGUCCUGGAAGUGAAUGGCGAGCUUGUGAACGGUGACGACAUCGCGCGGAAGUUGGAGGCGGACGCCCAGGAGAUUGUCUUGAAGUUCCGCCGCCCCGAGGAGCGCAAGGUGGUGCUCGAAAAACCCGGCCGACUUGGCAUCGAUGUCAACUAUCGCAAGACCUCAGUGAAGCCAUGGAUUGCCAGCAUCAGCCCCGGCCUGGUUGCAGAUUGGAACAAGGAAAACCCCGACAUUGCGGCUUUGCCACACGACCGCAUCACGGCAGUGAACGAGGUGGCUGGAAACAUCGACACGAUCCUUGAGAAGCUCCGAAGCCCUGACAAGCGUUUGGUUCUCACCGUGAUGCACUACGAAGCCUACUGAUCCGCUGGCGACGCCCAUCGCGAUGCCCAUCCCUCUUCCAACCUGUCGGGGUGGUCCGCGGGAAAGCCUCGGGGCUGCACUGGCCGAGGGAGGCUGACUGCUGUGCAGAACCGGAAC